AUGUCAACCACCUCGUCCUCCGGCCCUUCAUCAUCAUCACUUGUUCAUCAUCAUCACCACCACCAACAACAACAAAAUACGAAUACGAAAGAUCGUAAACGUUCGGCUCACUGGACAGACUCCGAUACGGAAACCCUGGUAAAUCUGUUAUUGAGGUACAAGGACUCAGGUAGAACGGCAGAUAAUGGAUUCAAACCUGAGAUAUGGGAAGAAGCUUCACUACUGUUAGAAGGAAAUACGUAUAUGGGUGGUCCGAAGACUCCGGAUGCUUGUAAGAGUCGGUGGCAGCGGCUGCAACGCGACUACAAAGCUGCCAAAGACAUGGAAGCCAUGCCUGGUUUUAGCUGGGAUAGGACCACUAAUAGGUUAUUUGCUUCAGCUGAAUGUUGGAUAAAUGCUGAAAAGCAACUUGACUCUUACAAAUACCGCAAAAUCCAUUUACCGACCUUCGAUUCCAUCGCUGUACUGUGUGCGAACGAUUCAACGCGAACUAGACCAAGAGCCCAAAAAGGAAGAUCAAGUUUAGGUUCAAUCUCAAAUGCCAGUAGUAUGUUAUCACUCAGUACGACAUCCACUUCCAAUAACCAGAACGGCAACGGCAACGGCAACGCGAACGGAAAUGGGUAUCAGCAUCAGAACAACAUGCCUGAUUCGAAUACCACUGCAGAAGCUAUGGCGCAAUUACAAGUCCAGAAUGAUCAAAAUGUUUUCACUUGGUCUACGAAUACUGGGAAUGGUGAUAAUGGGAAUGGUGAACAAGAUGGUACGGACGAUGGGUUCGAAAAUGCCUUCGGAAUUUCAGACGGUUCCCAGUCCUUCAAUCUAGGUCAGAAACGCCCAUUACCAUUCGAUCCCUCUAUCUUAUCCCCUGCAAUAAAUACAAAUCAUGGUCCUGGUCCACCUCAAAAUGCUAUGCAUCACAAUUUACCUAUACCGCAAGGUAGUCCGCCGAAGAAAUCACGUCCAUCUCAUCCACAAGCUAAAUCGCAUACCUUACCCACUCACUUUACCCAUCAACAAAUGGCAGCAAAUCAGCAGAUACAGCAUCACCUGCCACCUGCACAUACUAUUCCUCAGCACUUCUACCUGCCCCAUACCCACGGGCAAAAUCAUACACCCACCCAACCUUCCUCUCAGGUUAAUCCACAGAUGAAUAUGGUAUCUGUACCUCAUUCACCUGAGUUCAGCUCGUCAACUACGACUACAAGUAACCAUCAAAACUUAUUAGAACCUUCGUCUAUCAUACAGACACCUCCUCCUGCAUCUUCUACAGGCAUAAUCAGGCAAUUCACACCCAUCACCACUUCCGGCUCGUCGUCAAAUAUACAAGGUUUGACUGGAGUGGUGGUAGGAGGAGGGAUGGAAAUACAGGAAAUUACCAACGCCGGAUUGUCUGAAUCUCAAAGGUUGACCAAAGCGAUUUUGUUGCUUCAAAACCAACAGGAUAUGUAUGAGUUGAAAGACGAAGAUCUGAUUGAAAUCUUUAAUGAAUUUGAAAACAAUAUUAAUUCGGCUGAUACGUAUUUGGCAAUUACCAAAGAUCACUUAAGGAAAAUGUGGCUGAUGAAGAUACUUAAGAGACGUAACGGUAGUAGUGGGAAGAAGAAGUAG